AUGUUUUUUAUAACCGUUCUGUAUUAUUGUAUUCAUUCUAUUCCAAUAUUUCUAUCUAUCUAUUCAUUUAGUGGUAUAACGGAAGCAUGUUCAGCAUUAUUAUCUAUAAUAAUUGUAAAUAUACUGGCAAGAAUUCAGUUAUCUCAAUCAACAAGUUUGAAUAAUAAAAACAAUCAUGAAUUGAAUGAUGAUGACGAUAAUAAUCCAGAUGAAAAUAAAAUCAAUUUUAGGUUUCAGAAUAGAUUGUUCAAUUUACUUAUAUUUGCAUUAAGUUUAAUGUUGUUAAAUAGAAUUAUGAUGACAAUAGCAUAUUUGUUCUCAUCGUUUACAGCGAAUUUAAUUGUUUAUAUUGGUAAGUAUUGUAAUUUUAUCAAAUUAAUAUAUUUCCGAAAGUAUCAAGAUUAUUGUAUAUUAUUUUAAUUGUAAGUAUGGGGUUGUUGAGUUUAAUUAAAAUGCUGAGGAAGUAUCAUCGAUGAACAAGGAGGAUUGGAUGCAGACGUAAAGAUGAGGAUUGGCAAAGCAAGGGCCGCAUUCCUACAAUCGAAGAAAACAUGGAAUUCAAACCAAUUGUCAGGCAAACAAUAUCAAAGUCAAAACCUUCAAUACGAACAAUUCUACUAUACGGAGCUGAAACGUCGAAAACUACCACGUUCAUCAUCAAAAAGAUUCAAGUAUUUAUAAUUAGUUGUCUACGCAAGAUACUCAAAAUCCACAGACCGGACACCAUCAGCAAUAGUCUACUGUUAGAAAGGACAAACCGGCUUCCAGCUGAAGAGGAAAUUCGGAAAAAGACAUUGAAAUUGGAUAGGACAUACAUUACGGAAAUCACCAAACUGCAUCAUAAGGCAAGCCCAAAGUUGAAAUCCUGAAGGGAAGCGCAAAAGAGGAAGGCCAAAGAACACAUUACGCCGGAAAAUAGAAGCGGAUAUGAAAAGAAUGAAUAACAACUGGAAAGAGCUUGAAAGGAUUGCUUGGGACAGGGUUGUAUGGAGAGUGCUGGUGGAUGACCUAUGCUCUUCCAUGAGGAGUAAUAGGCGUAAGUAAGUCAGUAAGUAAAAUCCCGAACCGAUCUAAGUCAGACAAUUAUCAAAACUUGUAAGCAAUGGACAGCCAUUUCGUCCUAGGAGGUUCAGGAUCUCAGUGAUAGUAUUUUGAUAUUUAACAACUUAUGCAGUUUUAGUGAUAGCUGGGUGCUGUGAUCUACCUACCUUUAGCAGGAUUAAAUGAAUUUCGGAGUAGCUGAAAGACAACUUAUUCACGAAAUCAUUGUAGGAAUAAAAGUAAACUUUGUUAAGUGACCAAAUAAGUAAAUCUUUGUAUUUGCAUUAAAUACAAGUUAUAUUCUCAUUGAAAAUGAGAAAACAUAAUGACGAUGCUUAUAAGUAUGAAGUUAUGGAAAUUGUUUUCUUUUUUAUUGAGAUCAUGAAUCGAUCAAUGCUAGAUCACGAUUACUGAGGAGUCCUAUACUAGAACAAAACAGCCGUCCAGUGCUUACACGUUUUCAACGGUGGUCUAACAUUGAUCGAUUGAUGAUCUUGAUUAACACUGCCCAGAUUAUUUGAUAAAAUGAUCCAUAAACACUUUACAGUUUUAUGAAAAUUUAGUUAGUAGCUGUAUAGGGAAGGUUUUUGAAUAAUUUUUCUGGUUAGCGUUUUUUUAGCGAGUUAGUUUUCUACGGGAUGGGGACGCUAACUCCAUGCCCAACCCUCCUCCUUUAUCCGGGCUUGGGACCGGCAGUAGCCCCCGGAAGGACUCCAGGCGGAGUUGGGAAGGUUUAGUACCAGCUAUAUAAUUGUGAAAUCAUGGUAAAUAUCUAAUGUAUUAUUACAUUUACAGGCUUAGUUCCGAAACUAGCGAAAAAUAUUAAUUUUCCUUUAUUGCGUACACUGAUCACCAAUUGGAGUGGGACUCAGCGAACAGGCAAGUUAAAUCUGUAUCCAUAAUUUUAAAAUAAUUAAUAUGUUUUAUACAAAAUAUGUUACCAAACAUUGUAAAUAGCAGAUAUAGACAAUAUAAAACUCUGAAGAGUAAUAUUCAAGUUUCCUAUUGUCAUGAUACAUUUUAUAACAAUAGUAAACAAUUGCGGAUCAAGUAAUUCAACAAAACUGCAGUCAGCCAUAGGUCUUUUAAUAUUUAUGCAGUUUUCCUAAAAAUCACAAAUAUAUUCUUCACCAAUUAAAGUCUUUGAUACUUUUUUUAAUGAAACCCAGAAAUUCAUACUUAAUUCUAAAAAACAAUAAAACAAAACUUUAUACUAAAACAUUAGAAGAUCACUAAGUGAUAUCAUUUUUUAUUUCGAAAAAAAAUGCAACUCAGUGAAUUUUCUGUGAAUGAAGGUAAUAAGAAACCAAUUUGAUGUCCUAUUAUUUUGAUUGAGAUAAUGAACCGAUUGAUGUUAGACCACCAUUGAAAACCUGGAAGCACUGAAAGACUGUUUCGUCCUACUGUGGGACUCAUCAGCAGUGCGCAUUCACGAUCCCACUCACGAGAUUCGAACCCAGGGCUAUCAGUCUCACGAGCGAACGCUUAACCUAUAGACCACUGAAUCGUCCGGGAUCCAACGGUGUUAAUGUCUAACCUCAUGCAAUCCACAAAAUUGAACGAUCAUAUUUCAAUUGUACUGAGGUAGAUACCUGUCUCUACCCGACAUUGAUUAGCUCCACUGGUCACGGUCAUUUAUUUAUAAACACUUAAUCGAUAUGAAAUAGUGUUGAGUUUAGAAAUCUAAUCCUACCGCAUUUAAUUGAAGUACAUAUUUUAAUAACCUCGAAAUAGAGAUAAGGCUAGUGAGUGAUGUGAUCAUGGAUAUGAUAAAUAAGAAUUAAGAGAAAUAAUUAUAGAGAAUAGGAAAAAUGCUCUCUGACUUGAUGAUUUAAUAACGAACAUAAACUUGACCAGAUUGCUAGCAUGUUAUUACUUUUCAAGUGACAUAUGAAAUAAUGCUGAGACUAUAAUUUAUGGAGGGCCUUUGAGCGACGCUAAAGUGACCUUGAGAAUGUUCACCUCUUCAUUAGGUUUAACGAGGGUUAUAAAGUUGUGUGAAGUAUAAGGAUGUGCAGGGUUAGGAAUUAUAUUUAGGAUUUUCAUCACGAACUGACAUCAGCUAAAAUGCCGAAAUGCUGUUUAACCAAAUGAAUGAAUGAACUUUGCUCCGAAAUCCGAGACCUGUUAUCAUAAAUUUAAUUGGUUUGUCCAUAAGUUGAAGUCUCAUUGAAAUAUUCACUUUAACGGAGACAUUAUGUCAGAUCUGAUCAACAUAUACAGUGCCUUUAAACCGGAAAAAUUGUUGAUCUAUGAUUUUAACAAUCAGUAAUUAUCUCAUUUAUUAUUCUUUGAAGGUCUGAUUCUUUCAUUCGCUUCCUUCAUAUCAAGAAUCGGUCUAUUAAUCAGUGUAAGCGCUUUACCUUUGGUUUAUUCUGCUACUCUUUCAUACUUUCCUGGUGCUGUCUUUCUUGUAUGCGCAUCAAUGUUAUUUGUUGCAAUAUGUGCAGCAAUUUCGCUUCCAUUCCUGAUGAAAUACAAAAACAUGAAUGUGAGAAUCUAAAAAGAAAAAUAAUAACAAUUACUGGUUGUCUUAGAGAAACAUUAAGAAUGAUGAAAGUUGUCAACGUCUUUUUAAAAAAAAAUUUUCCUGAUACAUUAUUGUAGAUUCAGGAGAUGAUAUGUUCAUGUAUCUGUUUUAUUAUGCUAAAGAUUCGAACCAAAAAUGAAUACUUUCAUUUAUUAGAUGGUAUUUUUGAAAUUACUCUAAAUUAGCUUAAUUAUUACGCGGGAAGAAAGGUCAAAAUUUGAUUAAUUUAUUCAUUAUGAUUUUUAUUCAACAUUAAUUCUGUUUAAUAAUCACUCGGUAUACUAUUUGUUUCGUUUACCCCUAUGACAUUUUAUUCUGCAUAAUAUACGAUAUUCUUGUAUGAAAUAUUAUCCAUAUAUCUGAUUUAUUCUGAUGAGUAAUUAAAAAUGGAUGUAAAAGUCAAUAUAUAAAUGAGUGUAUUUUCGACUAGACUGGUUGGUAUCGCUCAUACUUUGGGAUAAUUGCGGAAUAUACUUCCUCGUUCCAAA